CUCUAUAAAUAAUAAAAACAAAAAAAAGGAUUAAAUCUCUAACGAAUUCCUGAAUUCUUCUUCCAUCUGAUUCAGACUUUGCCUCUUGCUUCUCUCUCUCUCCCAAGUUGAAUUGAAUGGCGAGCGGUGGGUCCGAUCAGCAGGGUCCGGUCACGUGCGGGUCGUGGAUCCGCCGUUCCGAAAACGCCAAUUGGGUGGUGUUUGGGAGGUCCAGGGCUAAGGACUCCCCUUCUUCCUCUUCGUCAGUUCUCGAGAUCUUCUCCUUCGACCCCAAGACCACUUCUCACUCCUCCUCUCCCCUGACGACGUAUGUGCUUGAAGAAGUGGAGGGUGAUGUAGUUUCGAUUGCGGUGCACCCAAGCGGCGACGACGUCGUUUGCUCUACCUCUAAUGGUGGCUGCAGAUCGUUUGAGUUAUAUGGCCAAGAAUCAACAGCAAAGCUGCUGGCAAAAGAACUACCUCCUCUGCAAGGAAUUGGUCCCCAGAAUUGUCUAGCUUUUAGUGUUGAUGGAUCUAAAUUAGCUACUGGCGGUGUGGAUGGGCAUUUGAGAAUUUUGGAGUGGCCAAGCCUGCGAAUAAUCUUAGAUGAACCAAAAGCGCAUAAGUCUGUGCGUGAUAUGGAUUUCAGCCUAGACUCUGAGUUCCUAGCUUCAACAUCGACGGAUGGCUCAGCAAGAAUAUGGAAGCUGGAAGAUGGUGUUUUGACUACUUUGACUCGCAACUCGGAUGAAAAGAUUGAACUUUGCCGGUUUUCCAAAGAUGGGACAAAACCCUUUCUGUUUUGCACUGUUCAAAAAGGCGAUAAAGCUCUCACUGCAGUUUGGGACAUAAGUACAUGGAGUAAAAUUGGGCAUAAGCGGCUACUUAAAAAGUCUGCUUCUGUUAUGUCUGUUAGCAAAGAUGGGAAAUAUCUUGCACUGGGAAGCAAAGAUGGUGAUAUAUGCGUGGUUGAAGUUAAGAAAAUGGAAAUUUGCCACUGGAGUAAGAGGCUACAUCUGGGUACAGGCAUUGAAACUUUGGAGUUCUGUCCAACUGAAAGGGUUGUGCUUACUACUUCUAAUCAAUGGGGAGCUGUGGUGACUAAGUUAAAUGUUCCAGCAGAUUGGAAAGAGUGGCAGAUCUAUCUGGUGCUUUUAGGGAUGUUUUUGGCAUCCGCUGUCGCAUUUUACAUCUUCUUUGAGAACUCUGAUUCAUUUUGGAACUUCCCUCUUGGAAGAAAUCAACCAGGAAGACCGCAACUCGGAGCUUUUUUAGAGUCUCCGCCUUCUGAUGAUAGAAAUAUUUGGGGUCCGGUAGAUAUGUGAUAACCUUAGAAUCGGCAAGUGGACACAAACUAUGCCAGUUAUUUAAGGCGUGUAGAACAUUUCUUGUAGCAUGCACAGAAAGCGUCUAGCUUUUCGAAAUGCAUAUUUGAUUUGGGAAUCCCCGGGGUUGUGUGUGAAUGCAUUUUAUGUGUGUAAACUUGUUCGUGCUACUAAGCGACGUUCUUGAUUACGGAAGAAACUUGGAUUUUUCUUCUCAUAUGUAUAAGGGUGUGGACUGACCACACCAUACUUUCCGA